GUAAGCGUGAGGCCGACGUUGAAGCCUGGUGUUUUACACAACCCCUUCUAAGGUCCGAGUUGUACAGCAACAGGCCGCGGCUCUCUGACAGCGAACCGUCGGCCUGCCAACCAUGGAUUUCCAGCACCGAGCCGGUGGAAAGACCGGGAGCGGCGGUGUCGCGUCCGCCUCCGAGAGUAACCGCGACCGGCGAGAGCGCCUGCGACAGCUGGCGUUGGAAACGAUCGAUAUCAACAAGGAUCCUUAUUUUAUGAAGAAUCAUUUAGGCUCAUAUGAGUGUAAACUGUGUCUAACCCUUCAUAACAAUGAGGGUAGCUAUUUGGCUCACACACAAGGAAAGAAGCAUCAGACCAAUUUAGCACGGAGAGCAGCCAAAGAGGCCAAAGAAGCGCCUGCCCAGCCGGCCCCAGAGAAGGUGAAGGUGGAGGUGAAGAAGUUUGUGAAAAUCGGCCGACCAGGAUACAAAGUGACCAAACAGAGAGAUCCUGAGACUGGUCAACAAAGUCUGCUGUUCCAGAUCGAUUACCCGGAGAUUGCGGAAGGCAUCGGCCCGCGGCACCGCUUCAUGUCCGCGUACGAGCAGCGCAUCGAGCCACCCGACCGCCGCUGGCAGUACCUGCUCCUCGCUGCAGAGCCCUAUGAAACCAUCGCCUUCAAGGUCCCCAGCAGAGAGAUUGACAAAGGCGAGGGCCGCUUCUGGACACAUUGGAACAAAGAGACUAAACAGUUCUUCCUGCAGUUCCACUUUAAGAUGGAAAAGGCUCUGCCCCCACCCAGUGGCCCUGUGCCCCCCUUGGGGGUGAAGAGACCCCCGCCGCUCAUGAGCGGCUUGGGUCCCAGACCACCCUCGGGCGAGCCCAUGCCACCGCCCCCUCCCGGUGGAAUGCACAUGCCCCCUCUACCCCCAGGGGCCCCCGGCCCUCCCCAGAUGCCCCCGCAGAUGCCCCCGGCUCCAGGCAUGCCCCCACCCGGGCCCAUGCCCCCUAUGAUGAGGCCCCCCUUGCCCACAGAAGGACCAGGAGGCCUGCCCCCACCCCCGCCAAGCAAUUAAAUGCCCACCAUAGAACUUUUUUUAACAUGUCGUUUUUCCUCCGUAAAGUUCAGGUUGUUAGAAUUUUCGAGACUUUGUACACACUUGUGAAAAGAAAUGCAUUUUUUUUCCUGAGGUUGGAGUUAUUUUUUAGAGGUAAGGAAUGUCCUGCUGUCUGCAGUAGUACAACAGCAAGGUGUCGAUUGGUCUCUGUAUACUACCAACAGGAGGUGCUGUUCCCCUCAGGAUGCUUUUUUAUAAAUAAAAUAAU